GUCCUCCAGCGAGGGCAUGGAAGGGCAAUCACCGCAAGAAAAUGAGCAAAAUAAAGCAAUUUCAAAUGAUUUAUUCUUCACAGACAUGAUGGCACGAAUUAUUGGUGAUAAGAAGGUUCCAAGCAACCGUGUUGUGAUACCGUCCACCGGCAUACCGCAGCAGCCGAAGACUCGAGAAGAGCUGAUCAUUCACGGUGCUAUGGAAAGCUGUACAUUUCGCACAGUGCUUAGCUGCGUGCUCGGUGGAGCUGUUGGGGCAGCAUUUGGUUUAUUCACUGCUGGUGUGGAUCCUAGUACAGCUGUCGCUCCUGGAAAGGAGACGCCCACAGCCCGUAUGGUUAUGAAAGAAAUGGGCACAAGAUCAUUCUCUUAUGCAAAGAACUUUGCUCUAGUUGGUGCUAUGUUUGCUGGUACUGAAUGUGUGAUAGAAUCGUAUCGAGGAAAGACAGAGUUGAUCAAUGGAACAGUCUCUGGGGGAAUCGUUGGUGGCGUCAUUGGAUUGAGAGCUGGUGUAAAGGCAGGCAUAUUGGGAGCAGCAGGGUUUGCCGUUUUCUCGACUAUCAUUGACUACUAUAUGCGGCACUGAAACAAAGCAUACAAAUGAACUUUAAAAGCUGAUGGUCAUGACAAACCUGUGCCAGCAAUUUUGCAGAACAUCCUGUAAUAUUGGAUUUUUCAGUCGUGUGAUGCUGUGAUGUUGUAGCCAAUCAACCUGAAGAAGGACAAUUUUUGGCGCCAGCGUCACAAUCUAAAGGGUAUGCAAUGUUGCUUGGAAGGUACCGAAUAGCAACUGCACCACUCCUGUGGCAGAGGUUGCUAGUGACUGAGCCAACAUGAUGUGCAACAACAAAUGCUUUAGGUCUGACCAGCAUGAUUUAGUGCUAAUGCUGUUUGUGUUGAAAGCAAUUUGUAUAUUUGUUUGUGAAUGUAAAUAGUAUCUGUAAACAUUGGUAGUGAUUUAUAUGCUCUAUGAAUAAAUUAAGGUUAUUAUGUCA